AUGACUGUUACGGUACUAAGCACCACCCGAUUCUCCUACGUGAAAGUCCUGGCUGUUAUCGUGCUGAUCUCAUUGUAUGCAGCUACAAGCAUGAUCAGCGUAAAUUGGACAUCGGGUGGAAUCAAGUGGAGCUUACACGGUUUGGAUACGCUGUAUACAGCGCAUAACGGCAUCUCAAUCAAGCGGCAUUUGAGAUCCCAUGUGGCCGAAACAGAUGAGGGCGAUGCCAACACAUCCGAAGAGCGAGUGUCUUCCAUACUAUCAGUUGCAAACUUGGAUCCAACAGCUUUGAAAGUCGCGGCAACCUUUUCAAAGAUCGAAAUACCCUUUUCAGAGAAGAUCACACUUGUCCUAGAAAAGAUGAGCACAUCAUUUAUGAAAUUUUUAUUGUCUUGCCAAAAAUGGAAACUCAUUUUUCCGUUCGAUGCGUCUCGGUUGUAUGUUAUUUUCAAGUUUCCAAGUCCCCUUGAGGAUAUCUGUCUUUUCACUCAACCAAACUUUUUGGAGUGGGUUGAUAUGGUCGCGGAAAAAGUCAAAAGCGAGAGUCGUGGCAUCAGGAAAGGAGAGGAAAACGCCUUUGACGAGAAAUUGUAUUUGGAAAUAAAUAAUGUGUUGGGAAAAAAAAUGGGCAGAGUCCUACUUAAAGCUCACUUAGAGAAGCUCAAUUUGGCCUUAAGGAAGAUGGAGUUAAGCAAAACACCGUCUACCCUCCCGAAGACGCUUGUAGACAUCGAGCUCGAGGCUCUACUCAAGAAGGAUCGAAAAAAUAAGGACAAAUUACAGAAAUUAGUAAACGCGCUGGACAGUAUACCAGAAAAACCAGUGAAACCAGUCAGUUUACUACGAGGUAGAGCUUAUGUGAGGACGAAGACAAACUUGCAACCGAAGAGCAAUAAUUGA